CCAUUAUUUUGUUAGGCACCACUCCACCACAGCUGCUGAAAGCCUGAAGCUUAGACGUUCCCUCCACAAAAUCUGUUGGCUUCGCUUCCUUCUCAUUUUGGUUCGCUGUUUUCAGCACCCACUAGCCACCACCGUUUACGGGAUCUUCCUCUUCCUCCCUCAUCUUCUCUUCACACUCCCUCGUCAAAUUCCAGUCCUAUUUCAUUUCUUUUUCGCUCUCUUCCCCUCCUGUUCCUCUCUUCUUCAAGACUCUCUGCAACUUGUCGUUUUACCUUAUCCAUGGUAACCUAGGAAAACCCUUUAAUUUUUCUCCAUUUUAAGUCAGCAAGGCUUCGGCAUUUGCUCUGGGAAAAUGAAUCUCAAAUUUGUAAGGGAAUAAAAUACUGCAAUUGAUAGUUGAGGGGGCCAACACGUGAAUUAGUGAUGGUCCAAGGUUACAGUUUGCAAUUACAGAAAAAUAAAAUUAAGGAAAAAUGGAGAGUGAAAAAUUCUUUUUAGACUUGUACCCACUUGACCAUUCCCCUCAAUUCCCCCGUCACCUCGUCUCCGGCUGGCCAUCCUGACAAUUCUCUUGUCAACCCUGCUCAACCUACUUUAUCUAAAAUUUCCAAUUAAAGAAUUUUCCCCUAGUUUUAUUAGCUGAUUCUUUAGCUAAUUUCAGUGUGAUGUUGGGUAAACUGUACCUAUGGAGAAUAGCAACAAUCAUUGUCUCUCAAUCACACCUUCAAGCUUAGAACUUUUGUCAAUUAUUGGGUUUAUUACCUUGAUCUUGAUCCGGGUUUUAUACAUUAUACAUCGGAGCAGCCAACCUCGUAGUGCCUCGUCACAGCAAAAGCCCCUCAGUACCCUCAUUGUUCUGGGUUCGGGUGGUCAUACAGCAGAGAUGAUUAAUUUGUUGAACGUGCUUCAGAAAAAUAGUUUUACGCCUAGGUAUUAUAUUGCCGCUGCGACUGAUAACAUGAGCCUUCAAAAGGCACAAGUUCUUGAAAACUCUUGGCUCAAUGAGGGAGGAGUUGAAGAGGUUGGAUCUGCUAAAUUCAUGCAGAUAUACCGAAGCCGAGAGGUCGGUCAAUCAUAUAUAACCUCUGUUGGAACCACCUUAAUCGCUUUGGCUCAUGCAUUGUGGCUAAUGAUAAAGAUCAGACCUCAUGUGAUUUUGUGCAAUGGACCUGGAACUUGUAUACCUCUUUGCGCAAUUGCUUUCAUCUUCAAGAUUCUUGGAAUUAGAUGGUCAUAUAUAUUCUAUGUUGAAAGCAUUGCAAGAGUGAGGAGGCUUUCUUUAAGCGCAUUGCUUCUUUACAAACUACGCAUGGCUGAUCAGUUAUUUGUGCAGUGGCCACAACUAAAAUCAAAAUAUCAUCGAGCUCAUUAUGUUGGGCAUCUUAUGUAACUCAUUCAUUUUUGCAGCUGUUCAAAGGGGAAGUUGACAGCAACUACCUUGGGGUUCCAUCAACGGACAGCAAGUACACUGACGUAUACUUUUUAGCCCUUAGUUCUUCUUUCUACAACUGCUUUAUAUACCAAAGCAUCUUAAUUUGGUAUAACAUUGUAAGAGAUGAAGGAAAAGGCAAUGUGAGCAUGGAAAAUAGAAAUAGGUUGUAGACAUGUAUACCACUCUGGGCAAAACUGGUGAUUUUCCGAGAAGAAGGGGGCCAUUUGUGCUGAUUAUAGUGCGGUAAAAAUUUUAUUUGACACAGCUAUUGGCUCUUCUCUCAUCAGUUAUUUGUUGAAUUUGAUGCUCAGGAGUUUUUAAGGAUUUAUAAUAGAACUUUGACACGCAGCAUAUAUCAUUUUCAGUAUUGAAAGGGUGGCAGAGAAUGUUGAUUAAUUUUUUUUGUGCUGCUGUAAAAUAUUUAUAGAACUGAAAACAGUAAAUCUUGUAGUGGUGGAGCUGAAAACUUUGUCAUCAAGGUGCUAGUUAAAUUCAAGACAUUGGGAUGU